AUGGCAAUUUCAGAGACUAGGAAAAGACAGUUUAUAGUCUUUUCCAUCUUUGUCUAUGCUCUCACAAUUUAUUCCGUUUACAAUGCAACUAGAACGAGUAUUUCAUUCUUACAAACUGUGUUAAGGCUCACCGAAGGUUUCAACAUUGUUAUCAUAACAGUUUUCUUUACACUCAAUUCGGUUCUACUAUGGAAACUAUCUACAUCGUUACUAUUUGGUAGUUUAAGGCUCAUAGAGUAUGAACAUAUCUUUGAAAGGCUACCCUUUACCAUCAUUAACACAAUGCUUAUGUCCUCGAUGUUUAGCGAGCAUGAUUUUUUGACAGUGGCUAUCUAUGGAUUGCUCUUGCUCUUCAUGAAAGUGUUUCAUUGGAUAUUACGAGAUAGGUUGGAAGCACUUUUGCAGACUAUUCAGGAGUCCACAACGCUGAGCGACCUUAUCUUCACUAGGUUCACAUUUAAUUUGGUAUUGCUUGCUAUCGCGGAUUAUCAGAUCAUCUCACACUGUGUUAGCAAUUCGCUGGACAACAGUUUUGGUGCGUCUGCCUCUGUUCAUUUGAUGAUGGGGAUGGAAUUCGCUUUACUAUUGAUCGAUUUACUGAAUACUACGCUUCAUGCUGCACUCUGUUUCUAUGAAUUUUACCAAUCGCAAACCCAUGGCCGUCGUAACGCUGUCAAUGAUGAUGAAGAUGAUACGCAAUUUUCUGGGUUAGAAGGUAAAUUUAUCUACGAGAGAGUUAUAGAUAUCUCCACUAGAUUCUUGAAGACAGUUUUGCAUGCAUUAUUAUUGGUCCCCUUCAGAAUGCCAAUCAUGCUAAUAAAGGAUGUAUUGUGGGAUUGUUUAACGCUUCAUCAAAAUGCAAAGGGCCUAUGGAAGAUUUGGAGAAAUAAUAAACAACUGGAUGAUAAAUUACCUACAAUGUCGGAAGAUCAAUUGAGAAAUAUAGAUAACAUGUGUAUCAUCUGUAUGGAUGAACUUAUCCCAGAGCAAGAUGAAGGCCAUACUCGCAAUACAAAGAAUAAACCAAAAAGACUUCCCUGUGGUCAUGUUCUACACUUGUAUUGUCUCAAAAAUUGGAUGGAAAGAUCGCAAACAUGCCCAAUUUGCAGAUUGGCAGUCUUUGAUGAAAUGGGUAACGUCGUUCAAUCUACUGUCCCUACAACUGCAGAAGUAACUCCUACAGAUGAGAUAAAUGUGCCUGAAACAGUUGUCGAGAGAUCGCAAGAGCAAAUACAGGACAAUCAGCAGCAAAUGGGAGAGGGCCAAGUUGCUGUUUUAGAUUCUUGGUAUUCAUUUCCCGUUGAAGAAACAAGCGAAAAUUUAGUAACUUUCAGCAUGAAGAACUCUGCGACGAACGAAACUGUACCCGCGUCACUCCUCAUAGAGCGUACGAAUGCGAGUGAACGUUAUGAUGAUGAUGAUGACCAGGUGGAAACGAUUAUCAUCCCAGAUGAAGUCGUUGACCAAGCACAAACCAUCGAGAACCUAAAGAGGCGGGUUUCCGAAUUGGAGAGUCAAGUGGAGCACCUUAAUAAAAGAGUAAGGAAGGAUUAA